GUGCAGCUGCAGGAUGGGAACGAGAGGUUCUACCAGCUCAGGGACCUGCAGGAGGGCAGGGGGAAGCUGGCUGCCUCCAACCCAGACCCAUCAGCCAGAAUGGUCUUCACUGAGGAGGAAAAACUGAAGAUUUCCAAAGACCUCAUUGAUCUCCAGAUCGAGACAAACAAAAUGAAGGAGCGCUAUGAGAUGGAGAACUUUGAGCUGAAAAAUAAGAUCCUGGCGCUGGAGCAGCGUGUGCUGGAGCUGGAGCUCUGCAGGGAGGCGGUCGGCAGGGAGCGGGAUGCCCUGCGGGAGCACCUGCAGGCUCUGGAGAGCCGGCGGGAGGAGCUGGCAGACGAGUACAUCGUUCUGAAAAGCAACUACCUGGCCCUGGGCAGAGAGCUGGACCAGGAGGUCACGAAGAAUGAAGAGCUCAGCCUAGAGCUCCUCAGGCUGGCCCAGGCCAGGAGCAUCCUUCCCCCCUUGGAGAGCAACCCCCCCUCCACCGUGGCCAAGGAGUCCCCUGCCGUGCCACGUCGUCCCUCUGCUCGGAGGGGGAAGCCAGAAGAUGCAGUUGCCUCUGAACACGAGCAGCAGAAGCUGGAGAGGAACUUGCUUGGAAACCAGGAUCACCUCAAAGUGGAGCUGGAAAAACUGAAGGCAACCUACGAGUCACAGCAGAAGAAGCUGGAAGAGCAAGUGGUGGUGCUGGGGAAGGAGCUGCAGGAGGCGAAGGCGGCGACUGGGGAGGCCCAGCAGAAGCUGGUGGAGCAGUCAGCGGUGCUGCUCACCUCCCAGAGCCAGCUCCAAGAGGUGGAGGAGGAGAACUCCAGGCUGCAGCUCCAGCUGAAGCAGCUGAAUGAAGAGUAUCGCUCCCGGCUCAGCCAGUACCUCAAGGACGUGGCGGACUACAUGGACAGCAAAUCCAACAACGUACCAGGACCUAGCAGAGCCCCAGCUGCUCGUGCUCCCAUGAAACACUUUGUGGAGAACAUGCUGAAGGACAUCAGGGCUUCCUACAAGUCUCGGGAAGAGCAGCUGGCCACAGCAGCACGUGGCUACAAGAAACGCAUGAAGAACUUGGUCAAGAAGCAUGAGAACCUGCUGAUUGCCUAUGGGUAG